AUGACAAGAAUCGAUAGAACCAUUAAUAUUCUUCCUGGUUGGUUUUCAACAUUUCAACAUCGCGACAGACAAAUUCAUAAUAUGAAUACUAAACAAUCAUCAACAACAGAUGAAAGAAAGCAAUCUAAUCCAUCACUAUUAGAUCUAGAGAGUAAAGACACAACAUUACCUAGUUCAACUUUUAUACUCAACAAUAAUAAUAAUAAUACAAACAAUGCAAACAAAUCAAAACCAAACAUUUAUAGAUUACCACCUAGUUCUUUAUUAUCAAGAGUAAAAGACUUUAUGCCAAAGUUGAAGGAAGCAAACAAACAACUACAAAAACAAAUCGAAAACAAUGAAGACGUAAACAUUGAAAAUGUAAAAGAAGGAGAAACCUAUAUUAGCAUGGAUCUAUCACUUGGCGUUUUAGAACAUAAAGAUCAAUUAAAUGAAAAUAACUUGGUCAUCCCAAAUAAUAAUAAUAACAAAAAAUCAAUUAUGUAA